CAAUACGUCAGAUCACAAGUUCAUGGAGAAAUCAUUUUCCAACAACCCACUCAGCUUGUAGCAGUACAAACACCCAAAUACACUUUUAUCACUAAUCAUUCAAAGAAUUUUCCAAACUUUUAACCCGGUUUAAACACGAUGACGUCCAUGCUGAAUACCCCGAUAGUCUCCAUCUUUGAUUUGAUGGUGAAUCGUCACAUAAGGCUGCGCAGGGAACGGGGAGGUGCGGUCACAAAUGGAAAUCUUCCUCCAUUUCGUCGGCCUAGAGCAGAACGUAGGGCUGCCGACGGAAAGAAGAAAUACAACCCAAGUGCGAUGGAGUUUCCCUUGCCAGAAACACUGGAAUUGAUGACUCCGCCAGCGGCAAAUGCCAUAACUGCCGCGCAUUUGACCAAGAAACACACUUCCCUGAAGAUCCAGCCGCCGAGCGAGAAGGACGUGAUCAAGAAGCUGGUGGAGAAGAUGUCCGAUGGACGAGGCAGGACCAAGACUGCGACCCCAAGGCACUCCCAGUCCAGCAAGAAGACCAGUGCCAAGUCCUCCAAGACGGUGGUCAUUCAGCCUCGCAGAAGGAAAGUAGUCGGGCAGGGAUCAUUCCGUGCUCAAUCAAAGCUCGCCAAGACCAGUUCCACUCAGCUAAAGCGACCACCCCUCUCGCCCAGAAGAGCAGAGUCUACAGCUAAGGAUGCCAGUACGCAGAGCAAGACGAAGACCACAAAGAACUCGCUUAAGAAGUCGGGUUCACAGAUGCGGAAUACCAGGUCAGUAGAUCGACUGAGCAAUGCAGAGAUUCCGGUCGUAAAACGAUGGCGUCUUUAGAAGAGAUAUACCAGUAGAU